CCCACCCUACCGUCAUUUCAACAUUGUCUCUGCCAUGAAGUUUCUUGCCGGUCUCGUCCAAGUCGCCGUCGCGACCAAAGUCGUGUUUGACAGCCACUACCCCCUCGACAAGGGUUCCACCGGCUUCGCCAUUUCAAAAAGUCGCACCGCUGCCGUGCGAUUCCACAGUCUCCCGGCCUCUGACGACGCGUGCGAAUCAGAAGGGCUCACCGUCAGCCAUGUCACCUUUGCGAUGGACACGUCCUACGCGGCCCCUGGCACGGUGCUGCAAGUUGGCAUCUGCUCUUCUGUCAAUGAUGAGCCGAACUGCGCCAGAUCCGACCUUCCUGGCCGCAUCUCCAUUAACACGUUGUCCGAGCAAUUCGAGUUUAACUGGUCCCCUACGUCACAGAUCGUCCUGGCUCCGUCGACCGAUUACUGGUUCACCGUCGGCUCGAACGCGCAGGACCGCGACCGGGUGCCAAUUUGGUUGGAAGGUACCAAGGAGUUUAACACCGACAACGACCCAAAGAACAAAGUCAUGUUCGCGUUCACCGAAACCCAAGACGGUCCUUGGAAUGUCAUUUUUGGCGGUGAAAACCGCGUCGUAAACUCUCUGCAAGUGUUUGCCAACUAAAAAACCAUUUCUCUUCAAUGUGGUCGUGCGUGUGUUUGAGCUCCGAACGACGUCGGACACGUUAUCGAUCGCUGACCCUUCAGUGUCCCGUCAACGAGGGUGGAGUCCGACCGUCAAACUGGUUGUCGAGCGACUGGUUGGUGGACACGACGAGUUUUACUUGUGACGGCAUCUUGACAUGCUUCGGUUUGGCUUUCAACGAGCUAGGCAAAGCUGAAGCGCGUUCAUUCGUGCCGCUGUCCAUGCCAAAGACCUUGCACCGUCGUUGGAUACUUUGUAUCGCUUGGCGUUUGACGGCGGCGGCGGCGGCAGUAGUUGGGGUAGCAGCUACAGUGCCACAGGCGGCCGUCGCCCCAAGGACUCGCUUGAGUUCACUGACGGCUGGAAGCAGGACAAGCGGGUCGUCCAGAGAACACGUGACUUCGUGGGCAAGCGGUUAC